GGCCAAUGAGCUCGCAGGGCCCGCCCCUGACGACGCGGGCCCCGCCGCCUGGAGACGCGCCGCCGGGAGCCCAAAUCCGCCUGGCUACCUGGCGACUCGCGGCCGCUUUCCGGCAGGCCCGCCGCCAUGAAGCUGACGCGGAAGAUGGUCCUGUCCCGGGCCAAGGCCUCGGAGCUGCACAGCGUGCGGAAGCUCAACUGCUGGGGCAGCCGCCUCACAGAUAUCUCCAUCUGCCGUGAAAUGCCCAGUCUGGAAGUGAUCACGCUCAGCGUCAACAGCAUCUCCAGCCUGGAGCCCAUGAGCCGGUGCCGGCAGCUGAGAGAGCUGUACGUGCGGAGGAACCGCAUCCCCAGCCUGGCAGAGCUCUCCUACCUGAAGGGCCUGCCGCGCCUGCGGGUGCUGUGGCUGGCCGAGAACCCCUGCUGCGGUGCCGACCCCCGCCACUACCGCAUGACCGUGCUGCGCAGCCUGCCCCACCUGCAGAAGCUGGACAACCAGUCUGUGACCGAGGAGGAGCUGUCCCAAGCGUUGAUGGAGGGAGAGGAGGUCACAGCCCCCAGCAGAGAGGGCACAGGGCACAGCCAGCCCGAGCUCUCCUACGCCCUGCAUGCUGUGAAUGGCACUGCCGAGACCCAGCAAGACCUGCUGCAGCCCAGCGAGGAGGAGGCCAGUGUCCAGAGGCAGCUCUGCCUGAAGCCCCCUUCCCAGGACCGGCUUCCUCCCUUCUCCCAGAGGGAGGCUGCAGCCAGUUGCAAGAGCAGGAACAACGUCCUGGCUGCCAUGCUGCUGCUGCUGCGGGAGCUGGAUGUCCAGGGGCUGGAGACUGUCCACCAGACCGUGGCCAGCCGGCUCCAGGCCCUGCACAAGCAGGAGCUGCUGGAGGACACGGACUGACUGUCCGCAGGAGCCCAGGCUGCAGGCCUGCCUGGGGACCCUGCCUGAAAUCUCACCAGAUGGGGCGUAUGCCCACAGCUGUGCCUCUGCUGACCCCGGGCUGGGACUCGGCCACAGGCUGCGCCCUUAGGAAGCCUCAGGCCCGCCUGGCAAAGCCGCGGCUCGCUGCGGACCUGCACCCUGGUGAGGGCGGGAGGGGUGCUGGGCACCAGCUGGGCAGGCCCUGCUCCCCUGGGUGCCUGGCCACCACCCUCCUGUGCAGGAAGGCCCACCUCGACCUGGCUUGGCCUGAAGGUGGGCUUUGCAGCCAUUCUCCCUAAUAAACAUUCUCCCAAAG